AUGCAUAUUUAUCUUGAUCAUGUCGUGCAACAAAUUCAAUACGAUGAUGGAAAAGUAAGCGUAAAAUGUUUGGUUAAUGGUACACGUGAGGUAAUUUUUAAUGGUGAUUGUGUAUUGUGUACUUUACCGCUUGGCGUUCUUAAACGUUCAAUUCGAAAACGAAAUAAUGCUCCAUUAUUUCAUCCCGAAUUACCAUAUUGGAAAAUUGAUGCUAUCAGUUCACUUGGUUUUGGAAAUGUUAACAAGAUUAUGCUAUUUUUUGAGAAACCAUUCUGGGAGAAUACACGAGUUUUUGGGCAAAUAUCAGAUACAAUGUGUGCAACUAGCCGCGGUGAAAUGUUCAUGUUUCAAGCUCAUCGUGAUAAACCAAUCCUAAUUGCACUGAUAUCAGGUGAUUCAGCUAAUGCUUUAGAAGAAGCACCAAGUGAUAUUAUUGUUUAUAAAAUUAUGAAUUUUCUUUCUGCUGUUUUUGGUCCAACAUGUCCAAAAGAGCCAACUGAUGUAAUUAUCACACGUUGGAGAGCAGAUCGUUUCUCAUGUGGUGCUUUUAGCUUUGUUUCAUCAAAUUCUACAUUAGAUGCAUAUGAUAAUCUAGCAGCACCGGUAAAAGACUCAGCUGGUUGUGAUCGAAUUUUUUUUGCUGGAGAGCAUACCUGUCGAGAACAUCCUGGAUCGAUUCAUGGUGCUUAUUUAUCGGGUUUACGUGAAGCAGGACAUAUCGCUGAUUGCAUACUUGGAAUACCAUAUGAUGUUAAAGUUAAUUUUGAAAAUACAGUAACAGCUUUAUCGGAAAAUGUUUAGCAUUUUUGUUUGUAUAUUUUUAUCAUCGA